AGUGGGGGAGACUCCCUGACAAUGACCUCAUCAUUGGUAUAAUACUCACAGUAGGCUCUUGCAUUUAUCUUCUGCUUUGGAGUGUGAGUCUGAGCACCAUGCGCGAGAUUGUUCAUCUUCAGAUCGGGCAAUGUGGGAAUCAGAUCAGUUCAAAGUUUUGGGAAGUUAUCAGUGAUGAACAUGGUAUCAGCACAGAGGGGACAUAUGAGGGGGAUAUGGACCUUCAGCUGGAGAGGGUUAAUGUCUACUUUAAUGAAGCAAAUGGUGGAAAGUAUGUCCCCCGGGCACUGCUGGUGGAUUUGGAACCAGGAACAAUAGACAGUGUGAGGGGAAGUCACAUUGGAAAACUCUUCAGACCAGAUAACUUCAUACAUGAUGUUUCUAUGUCUCCUCACAUUCAGAACAGCUCAACGACUAUGGGUAGGAGAGUCAUAAAAGACAACACAUGUGCUCUCUUUGAACAAGCUCUCUCUCAGAACUCAACCAAAAUGUCAGACUCUGUAGAUGAUUUACUGGAAAUUUUUAAUUUAAAUAUGACCCAAAUUAUGGAUGAUAUUGCUCCAUUCAAAAUCAAAAGAGUCAAUGAUAAGCAGAAAGCACCAUGGAAGCAGUACCUGGCUGUUAAACUGCUAAAGAGAGAAUGUAGAAAGACUGAAAGAAAAUGGCGCAAAUCUAAACUUCACAUCCAUUAUCAAAUCCAUAAAGAGAUGCUUUGUAAUUAUAAUUAUGAAAUUCGUAAAGCAAGACAGUCUUUCUUCUCCAAUAUCAUAAACAGGAAUAUGAACAAUGCCCGUGUUCUAUUUUCAACAGUAGAGAAGCUAACUAAUCCCCCACCACAAUUAGCACCUGAACUUCUCUCAGUUAAUAAAUGCAAUGAGUUUGCAUCCUUCUUCAAAGGUAAAAUUGAUAAAAUAUGGCAGAAUAUUGCUCAUAAUACAUCUCAGCUGCAAAAAAUUGAAAAACUGCAAUCACCAAUGACACAGAUAGGUAACUUCAACACAAUGUCAGAAUUUUGUUUAAUUGAUGAGACUCUUGAAAAAACUGUACAAAAUCUCAGUUCCUCAACAUCUGAAUUGGAUACUCUGCCCACCAACUUUUUUAAGUCUGUUCAUCUUAUAAUUACAGAUGUGCUUCAAAUUAUAAAUACAUCCCUAGAGACUGGCGUUGUUCCUGUGUCCCUGAAAAAAGCCGUUGUAAAGCCCCUACUUAAAAAAAUUAAUCUGGAUCCUUCAGUAUUAAAUAACUACAGGCCAAUAUCAAAUUUACCAUUCAUCGGGAAAAUCCUUGAAAAAAUUGUCUUCAAUCAAUUAACUGCCUUCUUGAUAUCAAACAGCCGUUUUGAUAAUUUUCAGUCAGGUUUUCGUGCCAAUCAUAGCACUGAAACAGCGCUCAUUAAAGUUAUAAAUGACAUACGUCUUAAUACUGAUGCAGGCAAAACAUCGGUCCUGGUAUUACUGGACCCCAGUGCAGCUUUUGAUACUGUUGAUCACAACAUACUGCUAUAUCGACUUGAACACUGGGUUGGAUUGACUGGUAAAGUUAUCAAUUGGUUAAAUUCAUACUUAAAAGAUAGAAGCUUCUUUGUUACCAUGGGAAAUUGUUCCUCGACGUCAAUGUCCUUGACCUGUGGUGUCCCCCAGGGGUCGAUUCUUGGACCAUUACUUUUCAACCUUUAUAUGCUCCCACUUGGGCAAAUUAUCAAUAACAAUUCAAUUUUGUAUCACUGCUAUGCAGAUGACACCCAAAUUUAUUUUGCUUUAUCACCUAAUGAUUAUGCCCCCCCUUGAAUGUCUCUACCAGUGUAUUGAUCAAAUCAACAACUGGAUGUCAGAAAAUUUUCUUCAGCUGAACACAGAUAAAACAGAAGUAAUUCUAUUUGGAAAAAAAGAUGAAAGACUCAGGAUUACCAGUAUUCUUGACACAAAGGGGAUUAAAACUAAAGAAAUGGUUAAAAAACUUGGUGUUUUCAUUGACAGCGAGCUAAACUUUGACAGUCACAUGAAAGCAAUCACUAAAACGGCAUUCUAUCACCUAAAAAACAUUUCCAAACUAAGAGGACUUAUGUCAAAAAAUGAUCUGGAAAAACUGAUACAUGCCUUCAUCUCUAGUAGGGUUGAUUACUGCAAUGGCCUUUUCACAGGCCUGCCAAAAAAGACCAUCAAACGACUUCAGCUGGUUCAAAAUGCAGCAGCUAGGGUUCUCACACGAACAAAAAGAACAGAGCACAUUACUCCAAUUCUAAGGUCCCUUCACUGGCUUCCAGUAAGCUACAGAAUUGACUUUAAAGCAUUGCUGCUGGUGUACAAAUCUCUAAAUGGUACAGGGCCCAAUUACCUCUCUGAUAUGUUGCAGUGGCCUAACCCAAUCAGAUCUACCAGAUCGCAACAGAAAAAUUUACUAUUAAAACCUGUUGUUAAAACAAAGUAUGGUGAAGCAGCUUUUAGCUACUAUGCAGUGCAGCUAUGGAACCAACUGCCAGAGGACAUUAAAAAUGCUCCUGCUGUUGGCAGCUUCAAAUCUAGGUUAAAGACCAAGCUGUUUUCAGAUGCUUUCUGUUAAAUAAUUAAUAUUGUCUUCUUUACAUGUUUUAUAAUCUGUACUUUUACAGUCUCUGCAUGUUUCAAAUUUUACUUAACUUUUAUUCCAUUUUAUUCUGCUGUUUUUUUCUCCCCCUAUUUGAACUUCUACUUCAUUUUAUUUUAUUUCUACUAUUGUUUAAUUCUUAUAUUUUUCCCAUUUAUUUUAUGUAAUUUUAUUCUCUAUUGUUUACUGUUUUGCUUUUACUUCUGUAAAGCACAUUGAACUGCCACUGUGUAUGAAAUGUGCUAUAUAAAUAAACUUGCCUUGCCUAAACUGGCUAACAAAAA